AUGCAGAUUUGGCCAAGCUGAUAAUCCCAUUUUUGUGUCACUGUCAACAUGGUGCAUUUAAUGAAGGAUCGUGCAAUAAAUUACUUGGUGGGUGCGUUUUGAAGAAAUGAAUGCUAAUGGAAAAACCUGAAUAUCGCAAUUCUUUGAAGCCUAUACACAUCUGUACAUACACAUCUUAUAAUGAGGGGGGAAAAAGUUGAGUAACACCUUGUUGAGUCUGUCUUGGAUGUUCAUAUAAUGAAUGUAUUUCCAUAAGUAAACACUGGCUGUGUGCUUGUCCUCAAAGAGAUGAAGAAGGGAAGUGUGCCCACCUCGUUUCUCAUGCCGAUAAAGCUGUCACCAAGCCAGCCAGACCAGCUCAUUGUUUUGUGGAGGAAGGGCUUCAUGUCUGCCAAUCAGUAGUCCGUCUGCCCUGAGAUCCUGAGUCUGCCAUAAACUGCAUGUUAGCCAUCAGAUUAGACACAGCGAAGAGUUUGAUCAUUUAAGAAUUUAAAAAUAUAAUUUUAAUCUGUGUUUGAGGAUUUUUAUAUUUUGUCAAUAGAUUUUUAUAAUAUAAAACUGUCACCAAGCCAACAGAACUACAUCACUGUUUAGUGAAGGAAGGGCAACACGUCUGUUUGUCAUUUGUACGUCUGCUGUGAGAUUUUCCGUCUGCUUUGUGUCUGGACUGUACAUCUACCAUGAAGCUACAUAUACACACAGUUGACAAAAAAGGAAUUAAAAAUAUAUUGGGAACAAUAUUGGGGUUUUUUAAUUUAAAAUUAAUUUUUUAAAAUUUUAUUGAAAGAACUUCCAUGAGUGAAUCAAUUUGAAUUUAGAUGGUGAUUUCUACACCUGUUCUGUGCAAAACACAAUGGAUGUGAUACUACAAGUUUGGAUGCACUGUGGAUGUAUAUUUGGCUGAAAAUUGAUGUGUGUCUGCCCGUCUGACCAGGGAUUUCUUUGAUUUGGGAUUCAGUGUGUUGAUCUCAGAAAAUACAUAAUACAAAUGAUGAAACAUUGUUCUUCAAAGAAAGUCAAAUCCAAAUCUCUAGAGUCCAGCCCCCAAAAAACCGCUAGAGAGGGUCAUGAUGGAUUUGAGGAACUCCGGAAGUAUAUCAAGCAAGGGAAUGAAUUCUCAAAAGAGUUGGCUGCUAUUAUGCAUGAAAGGUCUGAAUUGGAAACUAGUUAUGCCAAAACUUUGUCAAAGUUGGGAGCCAAGUUGGCCAAAGCAGCAGGAAAUGGCAUCGGAAGUCUGGCUGAUGGCUGGAAGGCGGUGGCCACUGCUAUGGAGCAGGAAGCUGAGCUACACAAAAAUCUUGGCACUGGAUUGAUGGAGGAGAUUGGAAAACCUGUCAAGGGUCUGGUUGAAUCUCAGAAUAAAUCUAGGAGGCCGAUUGAGUCUAUGGUGGACAAAGCUUUUAAGAAUCUCACAGACAGAAGAGCUGAUGAAUAUAAGGCAAAAAAGCAUUGCUAUGCCUGUGCAAAGGAACAUGAGAAAGCAGAAGACGCCUCGACAGACGCCAAAAGUGGGAAAGCCAAAGAUACCACAAAGAUUGAGAAACGGUGCAAACAUUCCUUAUCAGCAGUGAGAAAAGCUGACAAAGACUACACAGAAUUAAGUUAUAAAGCCGAGUCGGUGAGGCAGGACUGGGACCUAACUGUGUGCAAGGGAAGUGUACAAAUGCAGCAUAUUGAAGAGGAAAGAGUUAAACAUAUGCAAGACUAUUUAAAUAAAUAUAACAGUCAAGUGUCGGUAUUAUCACCAAGAUUAACACAGACAUUUGAUCGCCUGAAUGAAGCUGUGAUAUCAAUAGACCUUCAAAGAGAUUUACAAUUAGUGGUUCAGCAAAAAGGUGUCAAGACUCCCAAGCAGCCUGAACAGUUGUUGAUAGACUGUUACGCAGAAGAUUCUCAGUUCAGUAUGAAAAUAGAAAGACGGAAAGAGGCGUUACAGAAUUUUCUUUUCUAUAUCCAGCAGGCAAUGGAUCGAGAUAGGAAGGGCAAAGAAGGUGUUCAGAAAUUAGUGGAUGUUUACAGAAAUAAACCAAACUUUGGUGAUGCAGAAGCACAACAAGAUGUUGUACAGAGGUUAGAGCAGACAACAUUCAUGCUGAACUUUCUCGAAGCUAGUCACUACAAAAUCUGUGCUACGCUGGCCAAACACAACCAGAGAGAAGCACCGCAGCAUAAAUUUUCACAAUAUAUUGAAACGUCCAGAGAAAAACAGGGUAUGUUGGUUAGUGUAUUAAAGCUGCCGUUGAACCUGGCUCUGGAGGGAAGCAAUGAAUAUACGGCAUUCCCGUCAACACCGAACAACUUCUACCAAGAAUUACAACCACUUGACGAAGAAGGCUACUAUGCAUAUGUAGAUGACCUACGCCCUGGUAAUGAUUCCGACCCUGAGUUCGAGUUGGACCCGAUUGGCCAGUGUCGAGUGAAAUACGAAUACAAGGCUAAUCACAGUGAUGAACUUAACAUCAAACCAGGUGAUGAAAUCAAAAUCUUCGACAAGCUGGCCGACGGCUGGUGGCAGGGUGAACUGCGGGGACAGGUGGGCAUCUUCCCCUCAACGUACGUGGACGAAUUCUAGCAUGGCACCGUAGUCAGGACACCUGUGAUAUACCGCAAAUACUCCAUAUCCGGCCAGUUGUGUUACGUAGUGCACAGACACCACUGGUGCAGGCAGCUCCACAGAUCAUAUCGUAGACCACAUGUUACCGACUAACUGUUAGACACAGCUUGUUUUAGUGUUACGGAAAUGCAGAUUUUGCAGACUUUUGUUUUUGAAAAAUCCAGGAGUAUGAAGUAUCAAUUCCUCAAAAUAAUCGGAGUUAGAAGGAAGGUGUGGUUUGUCCGAACGAUAAUUUGCACCCCCGGGAUUGAAAUUAGGGGUAAAUAUGGAGGAUCCUGUUCGUGCUAUUCAAAAACAAAAGUCUGGAUUUGCGUUAGAUUUGAACGGGUCUGUUCGCAAUUCAUUCAAGAAUGAAGACUUUUAUUAUUGAUCCUUGAAGAGUGGGUGUAUGAUCAAAGUGGGAGUGUGAUUAUUAGGCUCUUUGUCUUUAUUCACUUUAAGACGUGUUUAAUGUAUCUGUACAAAGAGUUGUAUAUUACACGCUUAUUCACUGCAAUACAGUAGUUAAUGGGUGGUGGUGGUGCCAGCAUCCACUUCUCCUCUUCCUCUCCUGAAAAUUAAUUUUGUCUUACUAGUGCUAACUGUUGAAUAGCAUCUGAGGUAGUAUGAAAAGGUGACUUUAAGACAAAUCAGUGUGACUAUAUUGGAUGAUUUCGGACUGUAGUGUAACUGAUAUCUCCACUGGCUAGCUGAUGUUUUCUUGAACACAAAUGCUAUUUGCAUAUUAAUCAAUUAGAGACUUUCCAGUAUAGUGCUUUUCUUAAAACAAAGUCUAGAAUCAAAAUCUUUAACAUGUUUGUGUAUUAUAAAGAUACUGAAGUAAAAAGUCAUAGAUUACGUUUUCAUAGAAUUGUAAUAUCUUUUUAACACAGACAUUUUGUGUAAAAAGGGAGGUAAUUAGGACUAGGUUAUGCUCACAAUUACCAUUUCAGUGAACUUGAGAAUUGAAAACAGCAGUCAAAAUGCACCGAGCUCAGAAUUACAAGUUGUAAACUCGGAAAUGAAAAAAGCUAUCCAUAUGACCUUCACCUUUGAAUUUUGAAUAAAAUGGCAAUGGAAUGUUUUUCAUUGAAAAAAAUAAAUAAUGGUAGGACACUAUUAUUAAUACUUUUUUUUAUGCAUUUCAGUUUGAAAAUAAUGUCAUUCACAAUUUUACAAAACAUUUCAAACAUUUGAUUAAUUAGAAUACUAUAAUAUAGUUGGAGGUGUAGUUGAAUCUUUUAAACCAAAGUUUUAUUAGUAUGUGUAUUAGAAGGUUCAUUUGUUUUUAACACUUGAAUCUGGUGGUGACGUUCAUUGUUGUUAAUGAUUUUAGCAGACGGAGAAGUUAGUUUUUAUACGGGUGCACCCGAAUGCAGACAAAUUGUACGAACAAGUUUACAACUCAGAACUAUUGGUUUCUUAGCACACCUGAAAGCAGCAUUAGUACUAGGCCAGACAGUUAAACUGUACAUUCAUUAAUUCUCUUUCUUGAAUUGGUCAUUGUGCUAUAUAGUAUAUAUACGUAUCUUUCCACUUGAAAUACAUACAUAUUACUAUACUGCCCUAAAUAAAUAAAUGAGUUUUGUUCACAUAGUUAAAAACUACAAAGCAUUAAUGAAAUACACGUUAUUCUAGGAAAACAGAGUAUGAACAUUUUUUAACCAUAUGUUUGUAUAUUUGAUAGAUAUAUGAAUAUAUGUUUGUAUGGAUAUUUUUAACAUAAUACUGGCAUUAUACGUUUUAAAAUGACCUAUUCUGUAGAAUAAGGUUUUUGUAAAUAUAUAUUUGUAUAUAUAUGCAUUUAAUGUAAUUUUAUGUUUAAUGUAUUAUUAGCAAUAUAUACCUAUGAAUAGAGAGACACAUGCACAUACUUACAAUUGUAAAUAAAAUAAGACUAUAAAUAGGUAUGAUGUAUGCUGUAAGGUACAUGGUAUAUUAAUGUACAUUUGUUUUUGUUGUUUAUAAACUUCUGUCAAUUAAUCAUUCAGGGAAUUUUCCAUAGAAGAGUAAAAAAAAAUCCAGAAAACAUAUCAAAUAAAAUCAAAAACAUGCAUCUCAAUCAUGUUAGACAUUCUGGCAUGUGUAGAUUUUGUUAAUUAUAUGGUCAGCCUUGUUUAAACAACCCUCUGUCUUUAAGAUACUUGGGUAUUUAAAUAUUUAAGGUUUCGCUACAUGUACAGUGAAAAUCAAAACCCGAUCCAUCUCAAGGCACAAUUGUUUUUUAUGCGGUGUCGUUCUGUUCAUGUUGUAGGUUAUGCAGCUUUAAAAAUCAUGCGAACUGCCAUUCCAGUUAGGUCGUAAACUAUUACAUGUUUAGGAAGUAAAAUGUUGCAAAUGUCAAAAGAUAACUAAUUUCAGUUCAAGUUUGAGUUGAUUGAUUUGAUUACACAAAUAAGAUUCACAUAACCGAACAAUCUGUUAGGUAAAAAAUCUCAUGAACCGACUUUCGAUUAUAAAAGAUUUUAAAAUAUUGUCCUGGGCAUCUCAAACAUUUGGAUAGAAUAGUCAGCCUUGUUGCAGCCAUUGAUCAUAACAAAUCACAUUAAGGCCCCAAAUUCACCAAACGUGGGUCUGGGUCUGGCAAGUGUGGUGCCGUUAAAAUAUAGUGUAUAGUCUGAUACAAAAUUUAGCCUUUUCACAUUCAAUUCGAUGCAUUUCUUUUUCAACUGGUAUUAUACUCGUUAGAACCCGACAUGGUGUGGUUUGGGCCCAAGCAAGGCUGUGUUAAUUUUGGGAUGAAACUGAAAUCCAGAAUUCUGGAGGAUUUUCAUCGGUGAACCUUGCUUAAGCAGCAACCUGCCAAAAGACACCAUUCCAAGCAUUAUGUGGGUAGUGUCUGUACAGAGUCGACUACAAUGACAAUAGAAUUGAAAAACAAUACUGGGACAUCUUGAUCAUUGUUGAUAUGUCUAAAUGUAUGUCAAAUUAUAGGCCUAUAAUUGGCUUUGUUUACGUGAUCACCUGAACAGGCAGUAUGCUGAUGGUUACUUUGGGUGACAACUAUGAACAGGGUUGUUACUUUGGGUGACAACAAUAGAAUUGAAAACUGAUCAUUGUGGAUAUGUCUAAACGUAUGUCAAAUUAUAGGCCUAUAAUUGGCUUUGUUUACGUGAUCACCUGAACAGGCAGUAUGCUGAUGGUUACUUUGGGUGACAACUAUGAACAGGGUUGUUACUUUCGGUGACAACAAUAGAAUUGAAAACUCAUCAUUGUCUUGAUCAUUGUGGAUACGUCUAAACGUAUGUCAAAUUAUAGGCCUAUAAUUGGCUUUGUUUACGUGAUCACCUGAACAAGCAGUAUGCUGAUGGUGAUAACUAUAUACCGGGUUCUUUGUACAGGUGUAAUCAAAAUGUUUUGCUUGUUGCUAAAGGAGUGUGGGAACUCUUCUCUUAUUGUCACUGCUUACAUUUGUUUUCAGGCCAGUAAUAAACUCAACUUAUAUAGAUUUAUCAUUAGUCUAACUUCUCAAUGACAGUUUGAUUCAUGAUUCAGGUGAAGGAGGAAAUAUUUUAUUUAACGAUGCACUCAGCAUAUUUUAUUUACGGCUAUAUGGCGUUGGACAUAUGGUUAAGGACCACACAGAUAUUGAGAGAGGAAACCCGCUGUCGCCACUUCAUUGGCUAC